AUGGCCCCUGUGGUCUCUUCCAACUCUAUGAUUCUAUAGCAUUAUCAGUCCUCACAAAUAAAGAGUUGCAAAGGAAAAGUAAGGACGUCUUAAGACUGGAUGUUUUAGUGUUGGCAAAAAAAGCGAUAAUUCAUGACAAUACUUAUUUUUAAUUGCUUUUGCUUGUUUUAACCCCUAUUAAUAACCCCUGCUUAUAUCAUUUCUAGGGGUAUAUUCGGCAGUGUCGUAAACAUACAGGAAUGUUCACUGCAGCUCAGCUAAACACAAUAUUUGGAAAUAUUGAAGACAUUUACAAAUUUCAAAGAAAAUUCUUAAAAGAUCUAGAGAAGCAGUACAACAAAGAAGAGCCCCACUUAAGUGAAAUAGGAGCCUGCUUUCUUCAGCAUCAAGAAGGCUUUGCCAUAUACUCGGAGUAUUGCAACAAUCAUCCCAGUGCCUGCAUUGAGCUCUCCAACCUGAUGAAACAGAGCAAGUACCGCCACUUCUUUGAAGCUUGUCGCCUACUGCAGCAAAUGAUUGACAUUGCCAUAGAUGGUUUUCUUCUCACGCCUGUUCAGAAGAUCUGCAAAUACCCCCUGCAACUGGCAGAAUUACUUAAGUACACUACUCAGGAACACAGUCUAUUGUUGUAGGCACUUUCAAGUUGU